CAUCUCCUCAAACGGAUCUCUGCUAGUGCACGCGUAUAUGAGAAUUCAUAGUUUWGCUACGUUGUAAUUCACGUCCAUAUAUUAUGAGCGUUUAGCUAGCUAGUAAUCGGUUUUACCGUUCCCUUUUAAAAGCUUCUUCUGUACAAAGUUGUCGAAGUGGCAGUUUUUUUAUUUAUUUUGUCAUUAUGGAUGUUUGGAGAAAGUUUCGCCCGUCCCACAACUUGUUUUGGUCUGCUUUCGUGGCGUAAAACUUGUUCGUGUUAUUGUAGCCAAUAACGUUACUGUUAGCUAGCUUCGAAAGGUUCGGUGGCUUUCCCAGACAAAUCUCAGCCUUUCCUUUUGACUCUUGUACGGCAGGAGUUGGAUCAGUUUAUUCCUGGGACUCGGCCUAGUCUAGUAACGUAUAUCACCAAUCUCCGAGGCCUCCAAAAUGUCGAUUUUAGGAUUAAAAAAGAAACAACCAAAGACUUUUAAGGUCAAAGUCAUCACUAUGGAUGCUGAAAUGGAGUUUAGUUGUGAGGUGAAAUGGAAAGGUAAGGAUCUGUUUGAUCUGGUGUGUCGGACAGUGGGUCUCAGAGAAACCUGGUUCUUUGGGCUCCGGUACACAGUGAAGGACACCUAUGCAUGGCUGAAGACAGAGAAACGGGUCUUGGAUCAAGAGGUCCCUAAAGACUCGCCGAUAACAUUUCACUUCCUGGCCAAGUUCUUCCCAGAGAAGGUAGAAGAAGAGCUGGUGCAGGAAAUCACACAACACCUUUUCUUCCUGCAGGUGAAAAAGCAAAUAUUAGACGAGGAGAUUUUCUGUUCUCCUGAAGCCUCUGUCCUGUUGGCGUCGUACGCUGUUCAAGCCAAGUAUGGGGACUAUGAACCAAACUUUCACAAGCCGGGGUUCUUAGCCCAGGAUGAGCUCCUACCUAAAAGAGUUCUGAUGCAGUACCAGAUGACUGCAGACAUGUGGGAGGAGAAGAUCACAGCCUGGUACGCAGAGCACAGAGGCAUCGCCAGGGAUGAGGCUGAGAUGGACUACCUGAAGAUAGCUCAGGACCUGGACAUGUAUGGAGUCAGCUACUUUGCCAUCACUCAAAAUAAACGAGACACAGACCUGCUACUGGGUGUCGAUGCCCAGGGCCUUCAUAUUUACAGCCCCAACAGCAAACUGAACCCCAACAAGUCUUUCCCCUGGAGCGGCAUCCGCAACAUCUCCUACAGCGAGAAGGAGUUCACAAUAAAACCUCUGGACAAGAAGAAGGAUGUUUUCAAAUUCUACUCCUCCCAACUGAGAGUCAACAAACUGAUUCUGCAGCUGUGCAUUGGGAACCAUGACCUGUUCAUGAGGAGGAGGAAAGUGGACUCCAUCGAGGUACAGCAGAUGAAGUCUCAGGCCAAGGAGGAGAAGGCUCGCAAGAAGGUGGAGCGUCAGAUCCUUGCGCGGGAGAAGCAAAUGAGGGAGGAAGCAGAGCGAGCGAAGGAGGAGAUGGAGAGACGGCUGUUCCAGCUGCAGGACGAGGCACGGCUGGCCAAUGAGGCGCUGCUGCGUUCAGAGGAGACCGCAGAUCUGCUGGCGGAGAAGGCCCAGAUCGCCGAGGAGGAAGCCAAGCUGUUGGCCCACAAGGCUGCCGAGGCGGAGCAGGAAAGGCAGAGGAUAGAGGCUACCGCCCUCAAGACCAAGGAGGAGAAGAGACUGAUGGAGCAGAAGAUGAGAGAGGCAGAGCAGCUGGCCGUCAAACUGGUGGAGCAGUCAGAGAGGAGGUCGAAGGAGGCGGACCAUCUGAAGCAGGACCUUACGGAGGCCAAGGAUGCUGAAGGAGAGCAAGCAGAAACUCCUGGAGAUCACCGAAGACAUCUUACCCGCUCAUAGCGGCCUACUCCACCCCCCCUCCUCCCCCAGAGGGAGGAGACCUAGCUCUGGGAUCCGGAUCGAUGCGGAUCGACUUUAAAGACUCUGAUAUGAAGAGACUGUCAAUGGAGAUAGAGAGGGAGAGAGAAACUCUGCCUACAUGGCUCAGAUGGCUUUUUUUGAGGAAGUGUGAUCCAACGGCCAUUGGAUGAAACAGGGGUAGGCUAAGUGCCAUUGGAAGACACGCAGGGAGGCGGGACAUUGGUUGUGACACUUGUUCCUUAAUACCAAGAUAUGCCUACUUCAUCUAUCUAUGUUUUGUGCCUGACAAAAGGAGCACACUGACACACACACACUGACACACACACUCCCAGUGACACUCCAGAAAAGACUGCUUUGGAAAUAUUUGUUUUCCUCAGAUGACACAUCACAACACUACAAGUUUUCCUUCCAGUUUUCCGUUAUGGUUUAUUUGAUGCAGCCCUAGUUACACUGCCUGUGGGUGUAUAUUAUCACAGACGGUGCUGUGUGCAUGUUCUGUGGAUGUAUUUUACUUCAAUGUUUGGUUUUUAAAGGGAUGCCUGGUAGAGUGUGACACAGAUUUGACUGAGGUAUUUUAUCCUAUAUGACUGACUCUACACUACAGUGUGCCUUUAGGAGAAUAUACUCUCUCAGCGACCAGGAUCAUGUCUGUCAAGCUACCAGGCUUCAGGUGUGAUACCUUGCCUUCGCUGAAUAAUGUCUUACUUUACUCAGUCGUUUUAUUGUUGUAGCAUGGUCGAACUGAUCMUCUCCAGAGCAACAUGUGUCCUGCAUCACAUUAUGCCUCCUAACCAUUAUCAAUUCAAACUAUCAUUUCAACGGUUUUCUGUUUUUAGUAUUUUAGAUCGUUGACGUGCUUUUAACUUCGCUUUUUAAAGAGUUUUCUUCACGUUACAAACAUUAAAUAUGCAAUCCCUCGUUCACUAGUUCCUGUUAUGGAGCAUCCCAAAAGACACCCUAUUCCCGUUUUAGUGCACUGCUUUUGACCAGUGCCCUAUUUAGUUCAUUUAGGGUGACAUUUGGGACGAUGACCUGCCUGGAUUGUCAAACACCUCUGGGGUGGGUUUAGAUCCAACACCUCUGGGGUGGGUUUAGAUCCAACACCUCUGGGGUGGGUUUAGAUCCAACACCUCUGGGGUGGGUUUAGCAGGCAGACAAGCCCACUUCUCUUCUGAUUUCUACGACAUCUUGUUAGCGCUUAGCUCAGAGGAAGGUUCCAUCUCUAGAAAAGUAGGGAAGACAUUCUGUAUAUGGAGGAGGAGAAGCGAGAGAGAGAAGGUGGCUUGUGCUUGUGAAGGAAGUAGAUUUUAGAUGUAAUAACUCAUGGUUAAGGGUUGGGGUCAAUUCCAUUUCACAGAAAUAUAAUAAGAUUAUAAUGCCUAUUUGCUGAGUUGAAAUGGUCUGGACCCAACCUUUGCUGUGGUUUUUGAAUGGGAGCCAUGUCUUACAUGGUCAGAUAUCCUAACUAACAGAACACUGCUUGGCAGAUUAUGCAACAUUUUCAAGGUUGGGGGUUGGUUUGGCAUUUGUGUGGGUGCAGACACCUGGACGUACAGAGACACACAGCCAUGUAUUCAAACCAUGUGUCAAUAUCACAUUUAAACCCUACAUUUAUUAGUCAUUUUUAUUGUAACAUAAAUAAGUUAUUGUCAGAUCUGUUGUCAGAAGUUUCCUCUAACCGAUGUCAGGUUUGAAUCGAAAUGGAGUUGUUUUGGAUGUCAAUAUAUCACACACGCACUCUCAGCAUAA